AGAAGAAGAGGACAAAGGAGGCGCCGCCGGGAUGUAUUUAAAGCGCCAGGAACAGCUGUUUUUUUGGCCAAUCGCAACGUUGCCAUGGUGAUAUCCCUGUGUGCAGCUGCCGUUGGCGCCAAAAGCUCACCCCCCACCCCAAUGUGAUCGAAUGGCAGAUCGCCUGUUGUCAACAAGGGCUGAUGUGGGGAGGAUCGUUCAGCAAGCGCCCCUUUACCUGGACCGCGAUCGUCGAGUUUCUGUACCCCGAGAUUUGGUGAAUCAGCUGGCAGACCAUCAAUUAGCGGGAGUACGCUUCAUGCACCAGCAGCUGCAGCGUGAGUAUACAGGAUUAUUCUUGAAUGAUGAACCGGGGCUGGGGAAGUGUCAUCAAGUGUUGACACUGCUGACGGCCGUCGCCAGCAACUCUUCAACGCGUUCCAUGGUUUUGUGUUCCUGCAGAGACCGAGCAUAUUAUUGGACGUACCAUCUGGAGCUGCUAGUAGCGGAUGAAUCCGUGCGCUCCAAGAUACUUGUGAAAACACACCGAGAGAUAGCACAACAGACACCGGACGCACUGUGCUACGUCGUCGUGGAUGAGACGGAUCGUUUUGCGACACGACUCGAACUAGCGAAACUGUGUUCGCUGCGGGCGGAACGUUUUAUUUUCCUGUGUUCGAUCAACUUGCUCGAUCAUCCGACCGAGCUUUCCGAUCGAUUACCGUUCUGUUGUAAACCGGCGAAAACGGCUUCCCUGCGGAAGCUGAUCGACAAGCAGCAAACGAAACGAGAUCGAUUCCGGGCGUACCUUUGCCUGAGACCACUGCUUUUGCGACGAUACAUCAGCAACUAUCAACGAGUGCUACCAAUGGUCGUGAAGGAGGAAUUUGAUCGACGAUAUCACGCGUGGCGUACGCCUGCAGACGAUCGGCUAAAGGACAAGAUCGUUAAGAGUUGCCCGGUACCACCACCACCACCUUUGGAAGCUGCGAACCUAAAGAAAGAAGAUACCAAAGAUAGUCCUCUGUUUGCGUUUGGUAGCUUCGAAAUGACACCGCAAGCGGAUAACGCAUCGGAGGCCACGAAACCGUUUCUGAAACAGCAAAAGGAUGAAAUCGAUCCUGAUCCUAUCAAAUCGGUCGCCGAUCCAUCGGCAACCGUGGGCACCGUUCAAGCAACCUUCAGUGAACCAUUGUUUGGACAGUUCGAAAUGGACACGGAACAGAUGCCACCCCUACGGGUUGAACCAGGCAGUAGUUUCGACACUUCACCGAUGAGCUCCCAGCAGACCGUCAUCGGUGUACCGUCGACCGUACCCGAAACACUCGAUGCCGAUUCCGAAGAGUUCCUGCAACUGGGUCAGGGUGCGAUCUCCUGUAGCAACUCCUCUACAACCCAACCGGACCACCAACCCGUGACCGAUGUCGAGGAAGAUCGGUAUUGCUUCCCGAUGGAUAAGUUCCAGCCGCCAGCAUGUUCCAGCUCCUCGGCAGUGAGUGUGGUUGAGCAGAGUCUACCGAAUGCCCAGAAACGAGCGGCAACCACUGACGUGGUCGUUAUCACCUCUUCUUCUUCCUCAUCUGGCCCGAGAGCGAAACGGUUGAAAUCACCAUCUCUCUUCGGGGACAGUGACAACGAUACGGUAUCACUCGAAUCGGAUUCCGAUGGAGAGAUUUCCUUUACGGAGAUGUUGGCCAAAUCGCCCGGCAAUCUAUUGCCACCGAGUACCUCCAAACGACCCAGCGAAGGCAAACACCGUGCCGUGCCAUUUCCGCGCACGCUAACGCACUGUAGCACUCCGAUUGCGAAGCUUAUCACGGCUCCAUUGCCUCUGGCUACCAGCGGAGCGGGCGAAGUAGCGGCUUCACAAGAACUCAACCUCUCGUCGGUCGACAUAUUUGCCGAUUCGCCUGCCGUCGGACAACACCAGAGAACUCGACUGGCUGAGAAUGUGUUCGAAAUCACCAAAAACGCGGCCUUCCCCAAUCGUAUUGUUGUGCAGGAGAACGAUGCUACCGGUGGACUACCGGGUACACCGGUUCUCCGGAUCGAAGGUGACUUGUCGGAUGAUGAUGAUGAUGACGUCGAAAUUGUUGAGGCCAGCGAAGGUGUGAUCAAUCUGGUGGAUGAUGAAACGGAUGCCUGUAAAACGAAGGCCCUCGAGGGUCAGCGAACGCCACAGAGUAGCACCAGUAGCAGCAACAUCCGUCGAACAGAUAGUGGUGCCGGUACUUUGAAUCGGACUCCCUCAUCAUCAGGGUGGUUGGGCAAAAGCAAACGGACACCAACCUCUUCCCGAUCGCCGAAUAAUAGCAGCAAUAGCAACACACCGACCAGAGGUAAACGAUCACCCCAUCAAGGCGGUAGCGAUGGUAACCGGCGACGGAUAGGUGAUCGAUUUAGUGUACGAGAACCAUCCAAAAGACGUCGUAAGUUGGACGAAGAGUUCCAAGAUUCGGAACGUAAUCGAACACAGGCUAGAGCUACCGGUUUGCGCGGUAGAGAUCUUUUGAAGGAUAACGAAAGGAAGGGAAGGUAGCAGUUACUAAUGUAGCUAGUAGUCAAUUCUAAUCAGUCAACUUCAAAAUUAUGUUAUUAAGUUAGUUUACGAUUCAGUUUUUAAACAUUUACGCACUUUAUAUUGCUGUAAUAAGUUAAUCACUGAUAAUGAUCCUUUUAUUGAUCACGAUAUGUAACUUUAUUGUAACAACGUGUGACUGCUUAUUCAGUUAUUCGUUUACAGAAGAUUCACUGUAAUUAUUAAUGUAAUUUUGGCUGUUCCUAUCUGCUUCGUCAUAGGUUUUUGGUUUCUUUCAAAACAAUUAGCAAGUAGCAAUCAAGGGAGUUAUGUUCUAUGAAGGGACAAUUUAUUUUUAAAAAGAUUUUGAGCUCAGUAUAUAACUGACUGAUUUAGUACGAUAUCCAGUUUUUAGGAUUUUUUUCCCAAAAAUUAAUAUUAAACGCUGUAUGAAUCAAUUUUUUAUUUAUGGCACUCAUUCAUCAACCUCAUUAAUCAAUUUUAUUUCAUAUUUUACAUCAAUAAAAAGUCAU